CCGCGACAACACGGUGUGCGCCGCUGCUGCCGUCUUUACGGUACUGAGCUUCAUCUCCGCUCCCGCUGCCUUCAGCCACACACCGGCCAUGACGUGAGAGGGAGACGGUCGCGAGCCAACCCACCUUCUGACUGCGGGAGGAGACGCGCGCAGCCCCGGAGCCGGUCCGCCUUCACUCGCACCCGCGCCCCAGGCUCGGAAAGCCGCCAUUGGUGCGUCCUCGUCCGCGGUGUCGUGUCACUUCUUCCGGCAACCUCUCGCGGGGGGCGAGGGGGUGUGGCGUUCGGGUCCGACUCCAUCCACCGCAGCGAGGCGCAGACAGACACGGGCGACGGAGGGGAGACAACCUGCUGUCCUUCGGCGGGAAAAUGACGAUGUCCGUCCCGGAGAGAAAGUCCGGCUCCGAGGGGAAAGAAGAGGAGAGCGAGGAUGAGAGCGAGAUCCUGGAGGAGAGUCCGUGCGGACGCUGGCAGAAGAGAAAGGAGCAGGUCAGCCAGGGUAAUGUUCCCGGAGUAGAGAGCGCGUCCCUGGCUAUGGACACGGAGGAGGGGGUGGAGGUGGUCUGGAACGAGGUUCUGUUCUCAGACAAGAAAGUCUUCAAAGCACAAGAGGAGAAGAUCAAGGAGAUGUUUGAGAACCUGAUGCAGGUGGAGCACCCCAACAUCGUCAAGUUCCACAAGUACUGGCUGGACAUGAAGGAGAGUCAGGCGCGGGUGAUCUUCAUCACGGAGUACAUGUCUUCAGGCAGCCUCAAACAGUUUCUGAAGAAAACCAAGAAGAACCACAAGACCAUGAAUGUGAAGGCCUGGAAGAGGUGGUGCACUCAGAUCCUCUCAGCGCUCAGCUACCUUCACUCCUGCGACCCGCCAAUCAUCCACGGCAACCUGACGUGUGACACCAUCUUCAUCCAGCACAAUGGCCUCAUCAAGAUCGGUUCAGUUUGGCAUCGACUGUUUGUGAACGUGUUUCCGGACGCCAGCGUUCAGGGCAAAGCCAGACAACACCGGGACGAGCAGAGGAACCUGCACUUCUUCGCCCCAGAAUACGGAACUGGUGAGGACGAUUACGCCAUCGACAUUUUCUCCUUCGGCAUCUGCGCUCUGGAGAUGGCAGUUCUGGAGAUCCAGGCCAACGGAGACACAGCCGUUUCCAAAGAAGCCAUCUCCAACGCGGGUCAGUCCCUGGAGGACCCUCUGAUGAGGGAGUUCACUCAGUCCUGUUUACGUCAGGACGCCAAACUCCGUCCCACGGCUCACGACCUUCUGUUCCACAGAGUUCUGUUUGAAGUCCACUCACUGAAGCUGCUGGCCGCCCACUGCCUCAUCAACAACCAGUACCUGCUCCCAGAAAACUGUGUGGAGGAGAAAACCAAGUCGUUCGAUCCAAACGCCGUGAUGGCGGAGAUCAAGCACCGUGAUCGCCAGGGGGUCCAGCUCAAGUAUUCUCACGUGUCGCCGCUGGAGCUGGACAAGUUCCUCGAGGACGUGAAGAACGGAAUCUACCCGCUCAUGAACUUCGCCUCCUCCCGGCCUCACCCCAUCCCCCGAGCGCUGUCGCUGUCGCAGGAGCACGUGGAGACCGUCAAGACGCCGACUCCAGAGCCUCACGAGGCAGAGACGAGGAAGGUGAUUCAGAUGCACUGUAAUCUGGAGUCAAACGAAGAAGGGACCAAAACUCAUCUCUCUUUGUUCCUGAAGAUGGAUGACAAACUUCACCGGCAGCUCAGCUGUGACAUUCUGCCCACCGACACGUCCAGAGACCUCGCCAGCGAGCUGGUCCACUACGCCUUCAUCAACAAGGAGGACAACGAGAAGGUUGCCGGCUUCCUGGAAGACGCCAUCAGUCGACAUCGAGUGCGAGCGCUGGCCUCGGGGAGCGCACAGUGAGGCGGGCCGUUGGUGACGAGCUGGACCGGGACCCACUGGCACACAUGGCGAGGAGGGGGGGGCCGGCAUGGACCCAGCUGGGGGACGGAUAAGGGAACAAAGCAGAGGGAUGUGGGUUCUUCACACAGGCACCGAUCAGAGGUGCGACAGUGGCGGACGGAGAGUCGGUCCGCUGAAGGGCUAGGACGCCUCAGCUCCUUGGGAUCGUUCGGACGCCCAUCACACACACACACACACACGCACACACACACAGACACGGCAUCGAUGAAUCCAGGAAGUCAAUGUUCCGUCCAGAAUUUAUUUCCUCUGACUGUGAACACCAGAAGCAAUGCAACCAUUGAAUCUACUCUGAAACGGCUCGGCCGAGGGGCUCCUCCACGAAAGUGCCUGACACGGCAAUGUCCCGUCUGGAAGACUCCCAAGCAAUAACGCCUCAUUUGAAUCAAAGCUCAUUUUUAAAAGUGAAUGUGACGAUGAACUCAGUGCUGCUGGACGUACCAAGUAACACUAACGCAGAUCUGCUGCCGCUGCAGAACUCUGCCUCUCUUCCUAUUUAUUCAAGGGUUUCGCCAUACGCUUGGGGUUCACCACAGCGUCCUGGAGUCGCGCUCGGUCAGGUUCUUCUUCACUGCCUAAUGUGGUGAUGUAUAACGACUACAGAGCCUCCCCCUUGAGGCGUAAAGAUGAAGUGCACCUUCUGUCCCUCCAUUCCAUCUGCAAGAGUCGCCAGGGUGGAUCUGAACAGUCUCAUGUAAGAACCUUAUUGUCUUGUUUUGCUUCUUUAUCUACUUAUUCACUGAGAUAAAAGAAUUCUAAAUGUAUUCCCCCAAAUUCUGACUCAUGUUCGGAGACAUUCUGACUUGUCAAGAUGUUUUAACUGUAAAACUUCUUGGUGCGAUGCAUAAUUUAUUCCUGACAUCAUUUAUCAUUUGACUAAAAGUUAGAAUUUCAUUCAUAGUAAUUUAAAUAACAAUAUCUUUUCUUUUUUUGUAAAUAUGAGUAAUAAUCUAUAUUAUUAAUUCAUGAAAGAAUGGAGAUUGUUUUUUGCCACUGUAUUAUUUAAAUUCGAUUUUUUUUUUUCUGAAAUUCAGGCUUUAAUUUCACCCUGUCGAAACUGUCAGAGAUUCUUAUAUUCUGACUUUUUGUCUCAAGAAACCUAAGGUCUGACUUCAAAAAAAUGAAAAACAAAGUUUGAAGUCUGAUGUUACAAGUCUCCAUCUAAUCACUGAGAUUCAGACGAACGUUCGAUCAGGAGAUUCUGAAUUGUUUAACAAUCCUGACGUUUUCACUUUCAGAAUUAAGAUAUAUUUCGACCUUUAAACUUAAGUAAACAGCGUAAUGCGCCGUAGUGACCCUUGUGAGGAGGGUAAUGAAGGUUGUUAGCUGUUAAAGUGUUGCAGCAACUUAAAACACGACCAUGUUUUGAUGCUGCUGUCAUGAUUCCGUGCUGCACUUUCUUCUUCCACCCUUCAUUUGUAAGGUUUGCAUUCAGUGAAGAAGAACUCCACCGACUGGCUCCGAAACACCGUCGCACUCAUUGCACCCUGAGUCAAAUUCAAGCAGCCGUCCCGAGUGGAACGUGAUAUUGUUGCACGUGUUUCAGUCCAAACCUGAGCGCGCUGAAGACUGAAGAUGGCCAAAGCAGAAGCGUUUGCACUGGUGCUCGGCGCCCGCCUGCGUGAACUCCAAAAACAAACUAAAGAAUCCCCUCAGACGUGGAAGUCGGUGUGAUGUUGAUGGCAUUUAUUCUGCUGUACAGGUCUACUGCUAACGUCUAUAUUCCGUCUGUAUGGAGUCUCCAUCCGGGUCGGGCUCCGCUGUAUAUAUUUUGUUUACGGCUCUUGAAGGAGUUUACAUGGAUAAUAGUUCAUUGCAAAGCAGUGCCACUUCUCUCUCUGCAUGUCUUAACGCCUGCAAACUUCUUUGCAUUCUUGCCUUUGUCAGUCGCAGUUCGGAUCCUGAACUGAUGAAUGUUUGGACUUCAUAUCAGUCUUAAUGGACUCUCUGUGACUCCGUUGGCUGAACGUGGCGCCUGGAUGUCUCUAACUUUGUUAAAUAUUGUAGCUACUGCGAUGAGAACCAAGCUAAUAAAGGAUAUUUGACAUGU